CAGGCGCAGCGUCCGUUCAAGCGCGCAACGCAGGGCGGCUGCGGCGCCACCAACUCAGCUCAGACUUCCCCGCCCGACUCUCCCGCACAUCCACACCGCACACCGCUCGUCUGGAAGGGCCCCGCCAUGUCGUCCGCUGUCACCGAGACGGAGGAGUCGGCGCGCAGCUCCCCGCUGACUCCGCUCAAGCUGGUCGGGCUGGUGUGCGUCUUCCUGGCGCUCUGCCUGGACGUGGGAGCCGUGAUGAGCCCGGCGUGGGUGACCGCCGACGACCAGUACUACCUGUCCCUGUGGGAGUCCUGCUGGAAGCCGGCGAGCACCGAGAACUGGCAGUGCAGCAGCACGCUGGGCUCAGACUGGCAGGUUGCUACGUUGGCCCUGUUGCUAGGGGGCGGCGCCCUGGUGCUGAUGUCGUUCCUGGUCGCUCUGGUCGCCGUGUGCAUCAGCACGAGGCGGCGAUUCUACGCGCCCGUCGCCUUCAUGCUCUUCGCCGCAGUUGUCCUCCAAGCCUGCAGCUUGGUCCUCUACCCCAUCAAGUUCAUCGAGAGCAUCAACCUGAGGAUCUACCACGAGUUCAACUGGGGCUAUGGCCUGGCCUGGGGGGGGACCAUCUUCUCCUUCGGCGGAGGAAUCCUCUACUGUCUCAACCCCAAGAACUACGAGGAGUAUUAUUAACUCUGAUUCAAGCCGAGGACCCUGCAGUCACAUGGUAUUCAGGGGUGAAGGAGAGGGUACUGGGGGUAUUUUCCUUUAACGGCUCAAUUCCCAAGAACUUUGAGGAAUACUGUACACCGGAUUUGAGCCAGUAAUUGUAACACCACAAGCUUUCCCCCUCCCCUGAGAAAAAUUCAGGGGGUUAAGCUGGCGUUUUGGGGAUUUCUUUUUGUGCCUCAGUCAACAGAAGUGUGAGCGUUGAAGCUGGUGGGUAUCUGAACUUACAGCCCUAACGUCAGCAGGUCAGUUUUUGGGAGGGUUUGGAGGGUGGAAAGAAGUCUUCAUGUUUAUUCCCCAGACUUGAGACACAACUGCAACAGUAACAAAGGAUGGAGGGUUACAGUGACGAUGCCACCUCGGGUUCUUGAUGAUUCCUCUUAUUGUGUCACUUUACUUAUUGACUCUGUUAUUUCAGAAACAGGAUGUUAGACUGGGAGGCUUUUACUGCACGUCUACGCACGCAUGCACAUGCAAAGGCACCUGUAAACAUCGAAUCCUCCGCCUGGACAUCUUCGAAAAUCCACCACCCAGCCUCCUGCUCCAUAAGUUCAUCUUCAUCAGUGCUUAGUUAGGAGUUGUUUUCUUUUUCAGAGUCCUCCAGAGCUCCUCUACUUUAACAAGGACGUGGAAGAGAAUCAGACGGUGCAGUUGCGCUUCAUAACUUUUCAUAAGACUGAGCAGAUUCCUCUCGGGGGUAGGGCGUGCACGUGCAGCUGUCAUGAUUGAUUAGCCAUGGUCGGAGGUGGGAGACCAGACUGCGCUCAGCUGCCUCCAAGGGUCUGCUAAAUUUUCGAUUCCCCAUCGAGCCGAGGGUUCUCCGCACCGUGACGAUCGGAGCAUCCUUCCUCCUCUGCAUCCUGCUUGUGGAUGGGAGGGUAAACUACACACAGCACAGACAGAUACAAUCUCUCAGUGGGCAUGUUUACAUGUACAUCAGUAGUUUAAGGAAGAUAGGAUCUGCAUUCAGAGUGUAGUGAUAUGAUUAUGCACUCAGCUGAAGUAGGUACAAUCACAGAAACACAUAUGGAGAACUGUGUUUUGAGUUGACGCCCCUCAGGGCACGUGUACACCAUCCUCAUAAGAGUGGAAAAUGAUAUUAUGUCUACGCAUAAGAUGACCUGAAGGAACAACGUAAAUGGAUAAAAGAAUGGGUGGCCAUUCCGAGCCCUGGGGCACUACUCGCAAUAGUGCGUAUCUGUUGUGGCUGACCUGGGGUCAGCAAUACAUACACUUCAAACCAAAACCAUAGCAGUGUCACCAUAAUGCACAAAAGUCACCUUGAAAUCUGUCUUAACGGUGGAUAUAAAAAAGUGUUUUUAAAAUGUGGGUAAUUUGCAUCAUGUGUUUUGACAAGACACAUGCAUAUGUAUAGUAAAUGUAAAGUUUAAGAUGAAAUAAUUUCAUCCAGCACGCAAAUAUAAAUGAUCUAAAUUUGAUCAUAUGGCCUUAGUUUGGUAUUUUCCAAAAAGGCAUAUGGGGGUUAUAUCACACUAAUGUUGAAAAAAAAGCAGUGAAAGUGCCCUCUUGGAUGCCCUUACGGUAGAUAAAACAUGAAGAAGUGGCCUCUAGGGUGCCCUUUCUGAUGAGUAUGAGGUAUUGAUGCAUUAUUUUGUGCAUGUAAACAUGGCCACUGAAGCUGACAAUUUAUAAACCGGAUCAGUGUAUCUACUGAUAAGUUCAGGCCGCACUUCAUUAACGUCAAACUGCUGUCUCCUUGUCUGCAGUAAAUGUCAGGGACCAGCCCUGCACCCAGUGUGCGCAUAUUUUGGUGGGAAAACCAGCCGGUCAUACAUCUGUUGGCACAAGGAAGAGGAAAAUGUCAAUAUCAGCCAGUGUCAAAUGUCAGUAUUAAUGAAUGCUGUGACAAAAAGUAGGAUUGUAUCUUACAUCAAAACAUCGCCACCUUGCAGUAAAACUCGUCUGAUAAUCACGGCCCAACAGGCUCGUUUGAGUUUAAACAGCACUUAUCUCAUUUCCACUCUUUCCCCCAGGGUUCGGUUCUUAUCAUCAGAUGUUUGGGUGGUAGCCAUGGAUCAAAUGCACUCACUGUGCAGAGACGGAGAAGCUAAUAUUAUAACUUAUACCGAGUUUUUAAUUCUAGAUUGGGCGAUAAAGCAGGUGGUGAAGCUAUUCUUGCUUCCAUUGUGCAAAAGAUUAUUUAUGUUCUCUCUGAGCUAAAGUAUGAAUUCAACUUCCCCCGUGUGCUGAAUUACUUUCCUAACCUGGCGACCUCCAUUCUCCCUUCAAAACCAACUCUAUAAUUUCAAAAGUGCACAGGGAGAUGAAUGUAGGAUAAGAACUCUAUGGCUGACAUUUUUGGAGAUACAAGCGGCCUCCUCUCUGUACUCUCCAUUGUCACAUAUUUACUGUGGAGCUGUCAAGCAACCAUCACCCAAAAAUAGGAUCCAGGCUGCCUCCCUCGCCACCCUAAUAAAUGUAGAGCUGUGCAGCCGCCACGCAGAUCACGCAGCUGACAGAAGUCCAUUUACUUAAUCUGCACUGACACGGUGAUGUUUACCACAGACGGAAUCAUUUCCUCCGCCGUCGACGAGGAAAAGUGCUAUUUGUUUGUGCUUCGCACUACAAAAGCGGGGCUUCGAAAAUCAGCUCAUUCAAGUUUAUCAGCAGCUGUGAUCUGACACGGCUGGAAGUUUUACGGUGACGCUUUUAGAUUACAGCCCACAACUGACAGUGUGAUCAAUAAGUACAUACAGGGUAUCAAUUUGACACUUAAUGGGUACCAAUAAUAGGAUAAAUGUGUCAGUACAACGGAAGAAAGUGGUCGGAGAAUUUAGUGUUUAGGUUGAAAUAAAUUACAUACAAUAGUUUUAAAAUGCAUCAUACAUAUUCUUACUAUUGAAUCAACAGUUUUAUACUUCAGGAAAUAAGCUUACUCAGUUUCUUGUUGGGAGUUAGAUGAGAAGAUUGACAUCACUCAUGCCUGUAUGCUAAAUAUGAAGCUAUAGCCAUCAACUGGUUAUAACUGGUUAGCUUAGCAUAGCAUUGCAUUGCAGCAUGUAUGCUAAUCUAAGCUAACCAGCUGCUCGCUCUCUCACAAGUUUGUCCCUCCUAUGUACCUUUGUCCUUACUCUGCCAUUGGUACCUUGUCUAACAAAACACUACACUGUAAGUUGCAGGCUGUAAUGUAAAGCGUGACUAAAGAAGCAUUACUAAAGGAUAACUAUGUGGGCAGGACGUGUCGGAGACUAAAGCCACUUAAUCUCACGUUUCAGUUCCAGGCCUUUUCAGGCUGACAUAAACCUCAUGUUGUAAAUUCACAGUGUAUAUUCAAGUAGUAUCGAACUGAUGGAUGUUAUGUGAAAGUAGAGGGGGGAAAAAAACCUGAAUUUAACAGCUGUAAUGUGGAUUUUUUUGUAUGUCUAGUGACAGGAUGUCACAGUCGACCCAUCUUUUGAUUCAGCACUGAGUGAAAACAGAAGCAGCGCUCACCGUUACAGCCAUUAUUCCAUUAGUCAUACCAGCUUUAUGGGUCAGCGGGUGCUUUUCAGCACGUGACCCUAAUCUAAAGUGUUCUAUCAGAAAGAUGUCACAGCGUCACCGUGUUUGGUGGUGGGGCGCCAGUUAAUCAGUGUUUAGCUUUGUUGGGUCACCAGAUUUUCUGUCGGGUCAUGGACUCGGGCGUGUUGUUACUCCGUGCGGGCAACGAGCAGCAGUGGAAUAGAUAUCAUCACCGCCAGUAUGAUAUUUGAUAUGGCCGCUAUUGUAUUUAAAUACUGUAUGAUCACAGCUUAGUGAGGGUGUUUUUGCUACCUAGAAACGUCUCUGUGCUUUGGUGGUUUAGAAGAGCCUUAGGCACUAACACUGUAACAGACCUGGGGUAAAAUAUACAGGAAUAAUCUGAAAUAUUCCCUUAUGUAUCUAAUAAGAAGGACUGCAUGUGAAUAUGAAGGGACAGUUAACCUAAAAAUCAAAAACACUUAUUUUACGUCAUUCCUGUAGGGCUCUUUAUCCAUCGAGUAUUUUUCGGUGUGUGUCGCUGAGUUUUGUAUUAUCGGCCGCAGAGACGUCUGCCUCUAAAUAUAAUGGAACCAGAUGGCACUCGGCUUGAGGUACUUAAAGCACAAAAAAAAACAAAAACAGAAACUUCAUGACCCAAAACAGCAAGGAGAGAAAUUCUCCCAGACUGCCUGACAAAAUUGCUCAAUUUUGAGAGUUGUUGAGUUAGGUGGCACUCAAAAAACUGAAUGAAAUGCUAUUAGGGACCAAUUCUCAAUUAUUUUGGCCUUCUUGUAAAUUCAGCAAAUGUCACCUAAGAAGUUAUUUCUUUCUUUGCGGAAAAAAAACAUUUUUUUCCUAGUGCUGCAUGCGUUCAACUGCAUAUUGAGCACGUAUGUGAGAUCUGAUCACAUGGUGGUCACUCGAGAUGCACGUCGGAUGCAUGUUAAUGCCAGGUGUAAACAACCUCAUAAUUUAUCAUAAUGCAGCCUGGUGAGAUUACGGAUGUUAAGAGACAACACACGUUGUUGGAUGAUAACAGAUGAUGCCCUCUGCAGUGUAGUUAAAAAAAAUGAAUUGGAUUUGAUGUAGUCUCUAUGUUGCAGUAUGUUUUUGUGUUAUUUAAGCAAUUUGAGCACCAUCUAGUUCCAUUAUAUUCAAGAGAAGGAAGACAUCUGUACGACUGAGCAACUCGCACUUAAACAAUCUAGAUGGAAAAAGAGCACUGAGGGAGGAAUAUCUAUUUUUGAUUUUUGGGUGAACUGCCCUUUUAAUGCUUUCAGAAUCCAAAACAAACAUUUUUAUGUGCAGAAACUGUGAAUACUGUUGAUUUACAGUACCAGUCUGGUAUUACAGCACGCUUAUUCUCAAUUUGCCUGCCAAACAUAAACACUGUCUAAAUGUCUGGCAGGGGAGAUGAAUCCCCUGCCAGGUAGUCUCACAUCAAAGACUUACUGCUUCUCUUCAGGUAGUUUAACAUGGUGCAGCUGCUGCGAUUUUAUCCGAGAUUCAAAUUGACAAUUUGCGGCUUCUGAAAACAAACACACCAUAACUUAUCGUGGUCGCUGCCUUUCCGAAAAUGAGCUGCCGCGUGUUUUGAUUUCCUAAUUGGGAGCUGAAAUCAGCGUCACGUCAGUUGUGAUUACGAUCCUCUGACUCUAAACGACAAUGCAAAUAUGUUUGCGCCAGUUUUCGAAAAAUGACCUACAUGCUUUGAUUUUUAAUGAAGGCAGUUCAGUGUAGUUCAGCGUAAAUAAGAUGAUUUGUGUUAGGCCCCUCAGUGUCAUUUCUUUUGGGAGCAACAUGCUACGACAACACGACUGCCCUCUAAUAGGUUAUACUUGUUGCAAGCGACCCCGGGGUGCCCGACCCAUGCUGCUUCCUUGUAUGCUUUGUCCCAGGUCUGACUUGUAGUUAUUAGCAUUUAUUCGGUUAUUAAUUUACUGAUGAAAUGUAGAGGCUCGCAAACAGAGUCAGCUCUGUUUUAUGCAUAACCUCCCAGUAGACUGGAGAGAAACACUGUCUAAUGAUGUGCAUAGGGAUUUAGGAAGUGUGUGUGUGCAUAUGUAUGUAUGUAUGUAUGUAUGUAUGUAUGUAAGUGUGUGUAAAUGACAGAGGAGAGAAUGUGUUGGACAAGACGAGAAAGCGUGUGUGUGUGCAUGUGUUGGCAUGUUUUAGAUGCCAUUGUAGAGAUGUCAGUAAUCAGCAUUUAUCUCUUUGUACGUUGGCACAUUAAAGCACUGAA